AGCACUUUGAACGUUAUUGAGCAGACGAAGAAGUCUGCUGUUGAUCCCAUUGCAACCAAAGACCGUAGCCCGUAGGAUAUGUUGCGGGAGGGCAUGAAAUGUCUGUAAGUUUUGCCUUGACUACCUUGAGAUGAGGGAAGCCGGGAAACUGUCGAGCAGCACGAGAAGAUAUUUAUUUGUUUCUGCUUUAUUUGAAGUUCAUCCAUUGCAUCGCGUUAUCUCUUCCGCAGAUUAUAUGCACGAUCCGUCACGUCUCUAUCCAUACCAAAUAUCGUUAGAUAUACGAACCUGACCCGAAGUUUUUCACUAGCAGUAACUUGCGCAUGUCACUGAUCCAGAG